AGCAUCUGUAAGGCUCCUGUACAAUCUAUCGUAACUAUGGAACCGAAAAUUAAUUUAAAGCAAGACGCAGCUUAUCAAAAAUUACAAGAAUAUUACAAUGUAAACAGCACAAAAAUUAAUAUGCUCCAACUUUUCCAACAAGAUCGGGAGCGUUUCGAAAAGUUCAGCCUCUGUAUCCCAACACCGAACGAUGGAGACAUCCUACUUGACUAUUCCAAGAACCGUAUCAACAGUGAUGUUUUUAAGUUGCUCCUCGAUCUCGCUAAGAGCAGAAAUGUUGAACAAGCCAGAGAUGCCAUGUUCGCAGGUCAAAAGAUAAACUUCACAGAAGACAGGGCAGUACUGCAUAUAGCUCUGCGUAACCGUCAGAACAAGCCUAUCCUGGUGAACGGUAAGGAUGUCAGCACUGAUGUCAAUGCGGUACUAGAACACAUGAAGGAAUUCUCCGAUCAAGUAGUAAGCGGGCAAUGGAAGGGGUAUACGGGAAAAGCUAUAACAGACGUGAUCAACAUUGGUAUUGGAGGCUCAGAUGUGGGUCCUCUCAUGGUCACAGAAGCACUGAAGCCCUAUGCUAAUCAUCUUAAGGUCCAUUUCGUAUCUAACAUCGACGGCACCCACCUGGCUGAGGUCUUGAAGAAGCUGAACCCUGAGACAGCGCUGUUCAUCAUAGCAUCCAAGACUUUCACCACACAAGAGACGAUAACCAAUGCGAGCUCAGCUAAGACGUGGUUCCUGGAAUCCGCUAAGGAUCCCUCGGCGGUGGCGAGACACUUCGUCGCUUUAUCGACGAACGCCGAGAAGGUCACCGCGUUCGGUAUCGACGCUAACAACAUGUUCGGCUUCUGGGACUGGGUCGGGGGCAGAUAUUCGCUGUGGUCCGCGAUCGGUCUGUCCAUCUCGCUGUACAUCGGACACGAAAACUUCGAGAAACUUCUGGACGGAGCCAAUUUCAUGGACCAGCACUUCGUCACCGCACCGCUGGAGAAGAAUGCUCCCGUGAUCUUAGCUCUGUUAGGAGUCUGGUACCACAAUUUCUACGGAGCAGAGACCCAUGCGCUGCUGCCUUACGAUCAAUAUCUACACAGAUUCGCAGCGUAUUUCCAGCAGGGCGAUAUGGAGAGCAAUGGCAAGUACGUGACGCGUUCAGGAGCCGAAGUGGAAUACUCCACGGGGCCCAUCGUGUGGGGCGAGCCCGGGACCAACGGACAGCACGCCUUCUACCAGCUCAUACACCAGGGAACCAGAUUGAUUCCAUGCGAUUUCAUCGCUCCAGCCCAAACUCACAAUCCAAUUUCGAAUGGUGUUCACCACAAGAUCCUUCUAGCUAAUUUCUUGGCUCAAACCGAAGCCCUGAUGAAGGGCAAGACAGCUGACGAGGCUAAAGCUGAGCUAGAGAAAUCUGGUAUGGCUCCGGAGGCAAUAGACAAGAUCCUUCCGCACAAGGUAUUCAAAGGAAACCGGCCUACAAACUCUAUUGUUCUGAAGAAGAUCACUCCAUUCACUUUAGGAGCACUUAUUGCCAUGUACGAACACAAGAUCUUCACGCAAGGUGUGAUCUGGGAUAUCAAUUCAUACGAUCAAUGGGGAGUUGAACUCGGCAAGCAAUUGGCCAAGGCAAUCGAGCCUGAGCUGCAGGGGACUGCAGCUGUGACCGGCCACGACGCUUCCACGAAUGGACUCAUUAACUUCCUCAAGAAGAACUUUUGAGAUUAUAGUAGAAUGACGUCACACAUAGUUUAAUUUGCUUUGGUGGUUAUAUGUGUAAUCGAGACAUGAGUCGACUAUUAUCAAAGCCGGCAAUGUGACUUUUGGACAAUUAUUGGUAAAUCAGAAAAACGAAUUAUUGACUUUGUAUUCCAUUGGCAGUCACAAAACUCUUCUGAACGACAUCCUAGAUAAAUCACAGGUUAAGUAUUAACCUUUAUUUAAUGCAGGUUUUGAACCGUAUUCUUUGAAGGAGACGAUUAUAUUCAAAUCAAUCUGUAUUGACAUAUCAAUAACAUUUUUUUGGCCAAAUGCACAGGUUGCCACCUUUGAUAAUAGACGACUCACAUAUGUAUUUGCCGGAAUUAAAAGUUCUUAGUUCUUAAUUGUGCACAAUAUAAAACAUCAUCAAUAAUCAUAACGACUGAUAUUCGUUAGUUUUGAACAAAGAACAAUGUUUGAGGUCUUGUUUGCAUAUAUUUUUUUAAAUAUAUUAUUUUGUUAAAUUAUUUUAGUAAGGAUAAUUAAAAAAGAUAUUUAAAAAAAA